CCCCGGCGGGGGCUUCAGGUGACAUCACAUCCUUCAAAUGCGAAAUUAGUCUCCGGGCAGGUCGAAGGGCGAAACUCCCCCCACCCCCGCCGCCCCGCUGUGCGCCCCACCGACUCCCGCUCGCCUCUCCUCGCGCCCGAGCUUCGAGCCGACCCUCGCAGUGUCCUGGGGAGGGCGUCAUGGCCUCGCCAGUGACCGCCUUGCUCCUGCCGCUGGCCAUGCUGCUCCAUGCUGCCAGGCCCAGCCGGUUCCGGGUGUCGCCGCUGGAUCGGACCUGGAACUUGGGCGACACGGUGGAGCUGAAGUGCGAGGUGCUGCUGUCCAACCCGGCCUCCGGCUGCUCGUGGCUCUUUCAGCCGCGCGGCGCUGCCGCCAGCCCCAACUUCCUCCUAUACAUCUCCCAAACCAAGUCCAAGGUGGCCGAUGGGCUGGACACCCAGCGAUACUCCGGCAAGAAGAUGGGGGACAGCUUCAUUCUCACCCUGAGCGACUUCCGAGAGGAGAACCAGGGCUACUAUUUCUGCUCGGCCCUGAGAAACUCCAUCAUGUACUUCAGCAGCUUCGUGCCGGUCUUCCUGCCAGCGAAGCCCACCACGACGCCAGCGCCGCGACCACCCACACCGGAGCCCACCACAGCGUCGCAGCCCCUGUCCCUGCGUCCACAGGCUUGCCGGCCAGCGGCGGGGGUCGCAGGGGACACGAGGGGGCUGGACUUCGCCUGUGAUAUCUACAUCUGGGUGCCCCUGGCCGGGACCUGCGGGAUCCUUCUCCUGUCACUGGUCCUCACCGUUUACUGCAAUCACAGGAACCGAAGACGUGUUUGCAAAUGUCCCCGGCCUGCGGUCAAAUCCGGAGGCAAGCCCAGCCUUUCAGAGAGAUGCGUCUAACGCUGUGCGACAGCCACUACAUUACUUCAAACUGAGAUCUUUCCUUUUGAGAGAGCAAGUCCUUCCCUUUCAUAUUGUCCAGUCUUCCUCCCUAUGUAUUCAUUUCUCAUGAUUAUUAUAAAUAAUAAUAUUCAUUUUAGUGGGGGUGGGGUGAGAAAGAAUACUUUUUCUUUAUGUGUUUGACGGGAAACAAAACUAGGUAAAAUCUACAGUACACCACAAGGGUCAAAAUACUGUUGGGCGCACAUUGGGGUAGCGGAUGGAAAGGGGCAGGCCAGAGCCACCCACAGAGCCCUGUUCUCAGAAUCAUGCUGACAAAGUGGGAGGCACCCAGCCAUCUCAACCUCCUCUCCGCCCAUUUUACAAAGGAGGAGGCUAACGCCCAGAGACAGCUUGAUCAGAGGCACACAGCAAGUCAGGGUUGGAGCGGGAGCUGGAGGGACCUUGUUUCCCAGCUGAGGACUCUUUCCUUCACAUCAUUCAGGGCUUUCUUUCGGAGCCCCCCGCCCACCCCCCCCCCCACCCCCCCCCCACCCCCCGCCCUUCCGUCUCAGGGUGAAGUGCUUGAGUCUCCAGCUGCAAGGAAACAAGUACUUCUGGAUAACCGGGGAUACUGUGCCCAGAGCCUCGAGGAGGUAAUGAAUUAAAGAGAACUGCCUUUGGCAGAGUUCUAUAGUGUAGUUGAACAAUAUCAAACCUUUUAAAUAUAUAUAAUAAAGCCUAAAAUUGUAUAGAUCUAAAAUAAAGUGAAGGCUGAUCUUCACCCUGGAAAAUGAAUCCCUCUGUCGCUAAAGAAAAUCUCUGUGAAACCCCUAUGUAGAGGCAGAAUUGCUCUCCCAGGCCUUGCCUUGCAGAAGGGCCCAUGAAAGAGGAGAGGCCAUUCCUUUACACGUAGAGUUUGAGCGUCAGUGAGGUUACACUAAGGCCCUCUUGAAUCUCUGAAUUUGAGAUACCAGAUUCAAACAUGCUGUUGGGAUCACUGAUGACUUUUUACACUUUGUAAAGACAAUUGUUGGAGAGCUGCUCACACAGCCCUGGCCUCUGCUGAACAAGCAGAUGUGCGGAUGAGGCAGACCUGACUCUCUUAAGGAGGCUGAGAGCCCAAACUGCUGUCCCAAACACAUUUCCUUGCUUACCGUAUUAUACAAGCAAUGCCUGCCACUAUUAAAGAGAAAAAACUUAAGUAGAUAAGGAAAUAUGAACCACUCAUAAUUUCUUCACCUGUUAAUAUGGUGUACAUUCUUCCUGAUUACUUUCUACACAUACAUGUAAAAUAUGUCUUUCUUUUUAAAAUGGGAUUGUACUGUGCUGUUAUAAGUGCCUUUAAUGAAUAAACAUUUGUAGCAUCCUCUUUAAACAGCA